GACACACUUUACCCUAUAUCAAGUAUUCACUUACUGUUUUUGCACUGUGUUGAUUGACAAGUUGGUUCUUAACACGUUUUUCAGAAUGUUUCUAUGGUGUGAUUCAGGCAGUUUGUGAAGUAAUGGUGUGUACAUAAGUGGUGACAUCAUUCUGAGUCCUGGGACCAAGGCCAUCAUCAUGAGGCAGAAGAACAAGAGCACAAGGGUUGGCCUGUUCUUUGUUUUCAGGUCUUUAUUGGACUUGGGUUUCAGGAGGGAUUUCGAGCUUCUCUGUGACAUGGCUUCCCUUCUCCCAUCGGCUCUUUCCUCUUCUCUAGUCCCUUCUGUCUUUGCCACAGUCAUGCGCAUGGAUGAGGUGGGGACUGCAUGUCUCAUCGGACAGUGUCUAACUUGGUGUCUCCGCAGAGUAGGAUGCAGAGGUUAAGGUGCCUGCUGAAUCCGGGGUGUUUGCAGAGUGCCGCCUGCUAUUUCAGGGUUUCCACGCUGGUUCCCUGCCCCCUCCAGUGCUUCCUAUUCCACCACUGCUUACUUCCUGAGGCCUACUGCCUUCCAGUUCUCUCAGUGCCUUUCCUCUCAGCAAGCACAUGAGAAGACAGUUUUGGUUACACAGUUUAAAUAUUAUACUCUGUAACAUAAACUUGAAAUUUAAAACAUUAAGAAUUCCUAAUUUGGAGAUGUUAGCCCAUUACAAAAAAAUAAAGACCUUGGGCAAGAGUAGAUCUCCUUUAGACUUCUCAGCUUGACUUGUCAUUACCGUUAGUUUUCCUAAGUUGUAUCUUUCUCCCAUACUUUCUCCCUUGUGAUUUAACAGUUUGUCUAGAACACCAAAUAGUUUUAUGACACUCACAGUAGUGUGUGUGUGUGUGUGUAGAGGGGGUAGAAAUGUGGAAGGUAAAUGCAAAUGUGUGUGUUUGGGGCUAGAAGAAUAGGCAAGCAGGUUUUGAGGGGUGCAUGUUGGGUGCGCUGAGAAAGUGCAUGCUUAAAGUGCAUGACUUGGAGACUUACUCCAGUGGAAUCAGAGUAUCACUGUGAAAUGUUUACCUUUGCUAAUAUCAUUGCUUAUGUUACAGUAACAAAUCCCUGGUUAGUCUCCAACAAUAGUUUUCAUUGGUCUUAUAGCUGAUAAAAGAACUUCAGAGAAUCACUAUGUAUUCUACUAUUCGGUACAGAGCGAAAUAUCUAAUUAGUUAAGCUUAAGGCGGAAUAAGAAAUUUUAGAGUCAUUGAGAUAGCUACGUGAGUUAAGGUUGUUUCUCCACACCUGAGGAAUUUGGUUCAAUUCAUGAGACCCACAUGGUGAAAGGAAAUAACAAAUUAUUGCAAGUUGUAUUCUUACUUCUAUAUGUGUGCUAUGACAUGGGUACACACACACACACAAUUAAAAAUAAAUAAAUGCAAUACAAUUUUUAAAGAAUAAAUUUUAAUAUGUAGUUGGAUUAUUGAUUUCAUUGUAACACAUGUAGCCAUAUUUCAUGUCACAAAUCUUUAUACUUUAAUCUCCAUGUUCUCUAGGGCCGUCUAUUUAAGGAGAUAUAUUAUUUAUUGUAGCAGUUGAUCCCUACAUAUAUAGACAGCUAUCUUGUUAUUUUGAAAUCAAAGGCUCUUAUAUUGGUCAGUAUAUAGUUUCUAAGUUAUCUAGUUCAGAAUACAGCUAAUACUGAGAAAAUUUUUAAUAUUUUAUUUCUUUAUAAACCUUGAGAUUAUGGGAUACUAAUUUUGCCCUGCAACAAAUGCCAGACAUCCCAAAUGACUGAGGACAUGUCAGUGAGCCAGGAUGCUGACUUGUUGUCUGUCUCUUUAUGUUAGAGACCAUGAAGAGUGUGGUGCAGCUAGAAUUUGGAUCACCAAGCCCACACUUAAGGAUGCUCAGCACCGUUUGUAGUCAGUGUCCUUCCUUAGCUACAGGGGAAGACAACUGACCUUUCAGGGUCAGUCUUUGCCCCACAUCCCUGCUCAUUUCUUUUUUUUUUUUUUGGUUUUUCGAGACAGGGUUUCUCUGUAGCUUUGGUGCCCGUCCCGGAACUAGCUCUUGUAGACCAGGCUGGUCUCGAACUCACAGAGAUCCGCCUGCCUCUGCCUCCCGAGUGCUGGGAUUAAAGGCGUGCGCCACCACCGCCUGGCCCCUGCUCAUUUCUUAACAUCCUCUUUUAAUGUUUACUUCUCUUUGUUUUCACUGCUGUCAUGAAUGCUGACAUGAGUGGAAAUGCUAUGCCAGCAUUGAAAGAGAACAGCUCUGAAGUCGUGCAGCCUUUCCUAAUGGGGUGUGGGACCAAGGAGCCAAAGAUCACUCAGCUGUGUCUGGCCGCCAUCCAGAGACUCAUGUCACAUGAGGUGGUGUCUGAGACUGCUGCUGGAAACAUAAUUAACAUGCUUUGGCAGCUAAUGGAAAAUAGCCUUGAAGAACUUAAGCUGCUUCAGACAGUUCUUGUUCUCUUAACAACCAACACAGUAGUUCAUGAUGAGGCCCUAUCCAAGGCGAUUGUUCUUUGUUUUCGACUCCACUUCACAAAGGACAAUAUCACAAACAACACAGCUGCUGCUACAGUACGGCAGGUGGUAACCGUCGUCUUCGAGAGAAUGGUGGCUGAAGACGAGCGGCACAGCGACGUAGAACCACCAGUGCUGGUCCAAGGAAACAGUAACCGAAGGUCUGUCAGCACCCUGAAGCCUUGUGCUAAAGAUGCAUACAUGCUUUUCCAGGACCUUUGUCAGUUGGUUAAUGCUGACGCCCCUUACUGGCUCGUCGGCAUGACCGAAAUGACUCGGACUUUUGGCCUGGAGCUGCUGGAGUCAGUCCUCAAUGACUUCCCACAGGUCUUUUUACAACAUCAGGAAUUCAGUUUCCUCCUCAAAGAAAGAGUAUGCCCUCUUGUGAUCAAGCUCUUUUCUCCAAAUAUAAAAUUCAGACAAGGUUCCAGCACUUCAUCUUCUCCAGCACCAGUUGAAAAACCGUAUUUUCCCAUCUGCAUGCGUUUGCUGAGAGUGGUGUCUGUUCUGAUCAAGCAAUUUUAUAGUCUUUUGGUAACCGAGUGUGAAAUAUUUCUGUCACUGCUGGUCAAGUUCCUGGAUGCAGAUAAGCCACAGUGGCUUCGAGCUGUUGCCGUGGAAUCGAUACACAGGCUCUGUGUGCAGCCUCACUUGUUAAGGUCAUUUUGUCAGUCGUACGACAUGAAGCAGCAUUCCACCAAGGUCUUCCGCGACAUUGUGAACGCGCUGGGGUCUUUUAUCCAAUCUUUGUUUCUUGUCCCUCCUACUGGAAACCCUGCUGCAGCCAACCAAGCUGGAAACAAUAAUGCUGGUGGCCCAGUCUCAGCGCCAGCCAGCUCAGGAAUGGUGGGGAUUGGUGGAGGUGUGACUCUGCUGCCAGCAUUUGAGUACAGAGGAGCUUGGAUACCUAUCCUGACUAUUACAGUCCAAGGCAGUGCGAAAGCCACCUACCUAGAAAUGCUGGACAAAGUUGAACCCCCAACCAUACCAGAAGGCUAUGCCAUGUCUGUGGCUUUCCACUGUCUAUUGGAUCUUGUCCGUGGAAUCACCACUAUGAUAGAAGGAGAGUUGGGAGAGGCUGAAACGGAGUGUCCUGCUGUCGUUGAAGAAGCGCACUCUGAGUCAUCAGAACAGCGGGGCGUGCAGUCAGUGUCGGACCCGGCAGAUAAGGAGACAGUUAGUAGAGCCGUGUGGGAAGAGAUGGUGAGUGCCUGCUGGUGUGGUCUUCUCGCUGCUCUCUCGCUCCUGCUCGAUGCCAGCACAGAUGAGGCUGCCACUGAGAAUAUUUUAAAAGCUGAACUGACUAUGGCCGCUCUGUGUGGAAGACUGGGCCUUGUCACGUCAAGGGACGCCUUUAUCACCGCCAUCUGCAAAGGCUCCUUGCCUCCACAUUAUGCUCUGACCGUAUUGAAUGCCACCACUGCAGCUACACUUUCCAAUAAAUCUUAUUCUAUCCAGGGCCACAGUGUCAUGAUGAUAAGUCCAUCCAGCGAGUCCCACCAGCAAGUUGUGGCAGUGGGUCAACCUCUGGCGGUCCAGCCUCAAGGGACAGUAAUGCUGACUUCCAAAAACAUCCAAUGUAUGAGGACGCUGCUUAACUUGGCGCACUGUCACGGUGCUGUUCUCGGAACAUCUUGGCAACUUGUUUUGGCAACUCUUCAGCAUCUUGUGUGGAUUCUGGGACUAAAGCCUAGUGGUGGUGGUGCCUUGAAGCCUGGAAGAGCUGUAGAAGGACCCAGUACAGUUCUGACAACAGCAGUGAUGACAGAUUUGCCAGUGAUUUCCAACAUACUUUCAAGACUGUUUGAGAGUUCACAGUAUCUUGAUGACGUAUCUUUGCAUCAUUUAAUAAAUGCACUUUGUUCCUUAUCUCUAGAAGCAAUGGAUAUGGCCUAUGGAAACAAUAAGGAACCAUCUCUUUUUGCUGUUGCCAAACUAUUAGAAACUGGUCUAGUUAAUAUGCACAGAAUAGAAAUCUUAUGGAGACCUCUAACUGGCCAUCUGCUGGAGGUGUGCCAGCACCCAAACUCUCGAAUGAGAGAGUGGGGAGCAGAAGCCCUGACGUCCCUCAUUAAAGCAGGGCUGACAUUUAACCACGAGCCGCCGCUGACACAGAACCAGAGACUGCAGCUGCUUUUGUUGAACCCAUUAAAGGAGAUGUCCAGUAUUAACCAUCCAGAUAUUCGACUCAAGCAAUUAGAAUGUGUGUUGCAGAUUCUGCAGAGUCAGGGAGACAGUCUGGGACCUGGAUGGCCAUUAGUUCUUGGAGUCAUGGGAGCCAUCAGAAAUGAUCAAGGAGAAUCUUUAAUAAGAACUGCCUUCCAGUGUCUUCAGUUGGUUGUGACAGAUUUUCUACCAACGAUGCCUUGUUCUUGCCUACAGAUAGUUGUAGAUGUUGCAGGUAGCUUUGGACUUCAUAACCAAGAACUUAAUAUUAGUUUAACUUCAAUAGGCUUAUUGUGGAAUAUUUCAGAUUAUUUUUUCCAAAGAGGGGAAACUAUCGAAAAAGAAUUAAAUAAAGAAGAGGCGGCCCAGCAGAAACAAGCAGAAGAGAAAGGAGUGUCUCUAAAUCGGCCGUUCCACCCUGCACCGCCCUUUGAUUGCUUGUGGCUGUGCCUUUAUGCAAAGCUGGGCGAACUGUGUGUGGACCCGCGCCCUGCUGUGAGGAAGAGUGCAGGGCAGACUCUGUUUUCUACAAUUGGUGCACAUGGGACCUUGCUGCAGCAUUCAACCUGGCACACGGUUAUCUGGAAGGUUCUCUUUCAUCUACUGGACCGAGUUCGAGAAUCUUCUACGACAGCAGACAAAGAGAAGAUUGAGUCUGGAGGUGGAAAUAUUUUAAUUCAUCAUUCAAGAGACACAGCAGAGAAACAGUGGGCUGAGACAUGGGUACUGACAUUGGCUGGAGUGGCAAGGAUCUUCAAUACCAGACGAUACCUGCUGCAGCCGCUAGGAGACUUUUCAAGAGCUUGGGAUGUUCUUCUUGACCACAUUCAGUCAGCCGCACUCAGCAAAAACAAUGAAGUAUCCCUGGCUGCUCUGAAAAGCUUCCAGGAAAUAUUACAGCUUGUGUCACCUGUCAGAGACUCGGAGAAGCCCGAGACACCACCAGUGGUCAAUGUGCCCGUACCUGUCCUUAUAGGAAACAUUUCAGGCCCAGGCCUGAACAGGCCGUUUGUAAGAACAGAUUCCAUUGGAGACAAGCUUGGUAGAUACAGUGCUGAGCCACCCAUAGUGACUGAUGAGCUCGAAGACUUGAACCUCUGGUGGGCUGCCUGGAAUACCUGGUAUAAGAUCGGCUCUGAAAGCACAAAGCCGCCUGUAACCUUUGAUAAGCUCACCUUCAUUCCCAGCCAGCCUUUUCUUACAGCUUUGACUCAGAUAUUCCCAGCUCUCUACCAGCACAUAAAAGCUGGCUUCAACAUGGACGACCUGCACAAGUUGGGGGUCAUAUUGCACAGCGCCGUUUCAGUCCCAAUAAGUUCAGAUGCGUCCCCUUUCAUCCUUCCAUCUUAUACUGAAGCAGUUCUGACAAGCUUACAGGAAGCUGUGCUUACAGCUUUAGAUGUUCUCCAGAAGGCCAUCUGUGUUGGACCAGAAAACAUGCAGAUAAUGUACCCAGCUAUAUUUGACCAGUUACUGGCAUUUGUAGAGUUUUCCUGUAAACCUCCACAGUAUGGACAGCUGGAAACAAAGCACAUUGCAAAUGCAAAGUAUAAUCAGAUCCAACUAUUUGCACCGGCGGAAUGGGUAGCCUUGAAUUAUGUGCCAUUUGCUGAAAGAUCUUUGGAAGUAGUUGUGGAUUUGUACCAAAAAACAGCCUGUCAUAAAGCAGUGGUGAAUGAAAAAGUCCUCCAGAAUAUUAUUAAGACUCUCAGGGUUCCUCUCGGUCUGAAGUACUCCUGCCCGUCUGAAAGCACGUGGAAACUGGCAGUAGCUUCUCUCCUCAGAGUCCUUUCCAUUGGGCUGCCUGUCGCCCGACAGCAUGCUUCUUCUGGGAAGUUUGACAGCAUGUGGCCAGAAUUAGCCAGUACACUUGAAGACUUCCUCUUUACCAAAAGCAUACCUCCAGAUAAUCUUUCUAUUCAAGAAUUUCAAAGAAAUGAAAGUAUUGACGUUGAAGUUGUUCAGCUCAUCAGUGCAGAGAUCCUCCCAUAUGCCAACCUUAUUCCUAAAGCCUUUGUGGGGCAGAUGAUGACCAUGCUCAACCGGGGCUCCAUCCACUCCCAGUCACCCUCAUUUACAGAAGCAGAGAUUGACAUUCGUUUGAGAGAAGAGUUUUCUAAGAUGUGCUUUGAAACACUGCUCCAGUUUUCCUUCAGUAACAAAGUCACCACACCCCAAGAAGGCUACAUCUCGCGAAUGGCGCUCACCGUGCUGUUAAAGCGGUCUCAGGAUGUCCUACAUCGGUACAUAGAGGACGAAAGGCUGAGUGGAAAGUGCCCUCUCCCAAGGCAACAGGUAACAGAAAUCAUAUUUGUUUUAAAAGCAGUCAGUACUCUCAUUGACUCGCUUAAGAAAACUCAGCCUGAGAAUGUUGAUGGAAAUACAUGGGCACAAGUAAUUGCCUUAUACCCAACUUUGGUAGAAUGUAUCACGUGUUCAUCCUCAGAAGUUUGUUCUGCUCUGAAAGAGGCACUAGUUCCCUUUAAGGAUUUCAUGCAACCACCAGCAUCCAAAGUUCAAAAUGGAGAAUCUUGACCCACUACAGUCAUGGGAAGGAAGACAGAUAAGCUAAGGAAGGUUUGCUCCUGAGUCUUCUAUGAGAAGGACUUUUCUUACUGCAGUAAUUCUUGGCAGCUUUGUUUGCCUUCUUUAAAGUGUAAUUAUCUGGGCUCGGUAAUUCUUGUGAAAGUGUACAUGUCAACAGAGGCUCCUGAAGGAACCAGCCUUUUAAUGAGAGAACUGAUGGGAUCGGGAUAGAGUUCUCCCUUGUACCUGCUAUCAUAUCUUCAGUUGGUGAUUUAAAAGUGAGCUUAUGUACAGUGUGUGGUGCGUGUGCCAUUGAUGUGCUUUUUAAAAAGGAAGAAGAUAUUUCCAUUCAGAUUUCUGAGGCUGGUGUUUUGCACCCUUUUUCAAGUACAACUGUACUGAAGUUUUAUGCAAGGUGAUACUAUAACAUUCCAUAAUUAUCUACAACCAGCCUUUGUGAACAAAGGGAACUGAUGUACUGUGUGUAUAAUAAAUGGUACAGUUCUGUAUAAAAUAGUUGCAUUUAUUUAAAAUUUAAAAUUGAUGUUAAAUAUUGAUGUUAAAAUGCUUGAAGGCGUAUUUAUUAUUAAUACAAAAUUGUUUGCUUACAUUUUUACUUCUGAUUUGCCUUCUUAUGGGGCAGAUAAGCUUAUCAUGUAAUCACACAGCGUCAUGCUUUUUACAUGCAUUGUUGGUGACCUGUACGCCUCUGGCCAGAGGAUCAUGUGAGCAGCAGAAGUUAUGGUCUGCUGACUUUGCACCUUGGAAACACAGGUUGUAACUUAAUACACUGAGAUACAUUGUAGCACGAUGACCCAAUCAUACCUCAUUCUUUAGCCUCUCUCUAAGCUUUUAAGUGUCUGUUUUUAUAUUUGCUGUCUGAAUUUUAAAGACUUGUCAUAUUUUAUAUUUCUGCUGAUUUUCCUAUGACAUUUGUCACUGUCUUUGAAUGACCAAGGCAAGAUGACUUGAGAUUUCAUGAAACUUUGCCUGUGAGGUUUUGUUCAUUUCUGCGCUUCCUUUUCUGAGUUCUUUUCAAGAGGACUCGGCACUGGGCUAACCUACAGUAUAAAACGCGAGUCACCAGCAAGUGAGUGAGCGGAGGCAGCGGCAUGUCCCAGCAGUGAGCUCACUGUGGUGGAGCAUGGCACUCCUGCCGUUACAGAGCACGUGACCAGUUUCUCACAAGACUGACUUUGACCUAGCUUGCUGUAUUUGUUUAAUUAUGCUGUUGUGAGAUUUUUUUCUUCCAAGUUAAAAUUUCAUUUCGCAGAUGUUGAAAACAUUGCUGUUAAUAAGAAAUGAUAAUGGGGCUGAUAUUAUUUUAAUGCACUAGAAAGCUUUUGACUUUAACAAGAUUUAUAAAUUUUGGACUCUCCAGAAUAAUCAUAAAACUAUAAGGAGACAUUAAAGUUGAGUAAUCAAUGAGAUACAAUUUUGAGACUAUUUUAAUUAUGUAAUGAUUUAAUUUGCACUGUAUUCUGUAUACAUGUGGUAAGGCCUAUUUUGAAGGAAUAUUAUUUUUAUUCACAUGAAUCAAUGAAUUUCUAUUUUAUUAUUUCAUGUAAGGUUAAGGUAAAACAUGGCAUUUCAUA